AUGAAGCAACUGGCAAGACAGUAUGUUUAUUGGCCUGCCAUUGAUCGUGACAUUGAGAAUUUAGUCAAAGGAUGUGAAGGCUGCGCAUUGACAAAGUCUAAUCCUCCAAAGGUAUCUGUCCAUCCGUGGGAAUCUCCAGCAGAUAACUGGGACAGAAUUCAUAUAGAUUAUGCAGGUCCAUUUGAAAAUUACUAUUUUUUGGUGUGUGUUGAUGCUAACUCCAAAUGGGCGGAAGUCGAAGUCAUUAAAGAUGCCCCAACGAGACAUCCUGCCACCAAUGGCCUUGCACAGCGAAACGUCCAAACCUUAAAGCAAAAGUUAAAAGCUUCUUUUCUUGAAAAAUCCUCAAUCCCAAGUAAAGUUCAAAACAUAUUAUUCCGUUAUAGAGCAACACCUCUAGCUUGUGGACAGUCACCUGCUCAAUUAUACUUACAUAGAAAAAUCCGCAUACGUUUAAACUCAAUCUUUCCUUAUCAUCCAACACCAUCAACAGUUUCCAGUACUCCUGUAAGAUCUUUUUCAGUGGGGGAGAGAGUCCAGCUGAGGUUGUUCAUAAAUAACCAUAACGUAUGGCAGUUUGGCAAAGUCGUGAAAAAGUAUGGUACACGUCAUUAUUUGAUUUUACUAGACUCAGGUCGGCAAUUAAAGAGACACAUAAACCAAUUAAGAUCAGCAUUAAUUCCAGAGAAAAAAAAGUGUGUGACUUUUGGCCCAACCCAGUCUUUUGACAUUCCUAAACCAUCUAAGAUCUCCUCACCUACUCAGCCUAGUAUUCCAGAACUUCCAACAAAUUCCGAACAGGACGUUGUGACAAAACCAAAAAGAAAGAGACAAUUACCUACACGCUUUAGGGACUUCGUAAUGUCAUAA